AUGCGGAGAAUAGGUGAUACCCUGUGGGUGUUGGAAGAGCUAGAUAUCCCAUUUGUUUGCAGAAAGAAGGCUUCCGAGGAGCGGAAUGUCGUGACGCUUGUAACAGCCUCCUUGCUCAUCACCGGGGCGCCAGGACCGAUGUUGGCCAUUCACGCAUCCACCUCUACCGCAACCUCCCAAUACCCUUCCUACCGGAAAAUAGAUGACCUGGUACUAAAUGUAUACGACUGGGACAACGGGGGUCCGAAGGGCACGUUUGGGUUCACGUCUUACUCCUCGGCGACGAACAGAACGGUGGAGUGUCUGGCGCAGGACGUGGCCCUAGCAAAACAGCAGUGGUCCCAAUGCAGCGACCCUGGGGUUGAGUUUCAAUUUGACUUCGAUGAUAGGAGCUUGAGUUUGAGGGAAACGUGGACGUGUUCGGGGUCUCCAGGAAUUACGUUCAAUGCCAAUGCGACGGGACUCAUGAUAUUGCACGGCUGUCUGGACAGUGACACGGAGAAAGCGGUUGAGUCGGAUUACCAUGUGAUGAAGUUUGACAUGGCGGCUGAUGUAACAUCAUCAGGGAUGGCAUAG